AUGCUCCGCAGCCUCCUCGCCGUGGCCGCCAUGGUCGGCGCCGUCGCCGGCAUGGGCCUCACUGCCAUGGACGCCGGCAAGGAGAACGACAAGCCGCUUUUCAACGAGUCGCACCCGAACAUCACGUUCCUCACCGAUGACAACUUUGACACGCUCGUCAAGAACGGCGGCAACGGCAAGCCGUGGCUCAUGGACUUUUACCAUCCCUACUGCCCGCACUGCCGUCAGUUUGUGCCCAUCUUUGAAGAGAUUGCCGCGUACUACAAGCCGCUCGGUAUCGUCAACGUCGGCGCCUUGAGCUGCAUGGACUACUACCAGUGCUCGAUCUACAAC